AUGGAUAAAGUCGCAGUCAUUACGGGAGCCUCGGCGGGUAUUGGGGCUGCGACUGCAUUGAGGAUGUCUCAGGCGGGCUGGACGUUAGUGUUGGUAGCCCGCCGGCAGGACCGUUUGGAGGAGUUGGGUCUGAAGGCAUUACUGUGCACGUUUGAUAUCACGAAUCCGUCCGCACCGGAUCAGAUUUGGAAUCGGAUCUCGGAGGCGCUGCCGGGUCGUAAGGUUGACUGCUUGGUGAAUAAUGCGGGACUUGCACUUGGUACUGCACCUGUGCCUGAUUGCAGUCCUGAGGAUUGGCAGCAAAUGGUCGAAACAAAUAUACUCGCCCUUAUUAAGCUGACCCUUAAACUUACACCGCACAUGAACCCCGGUGCUACUGUCAUUAACCUCGGCAGCGUUGCUGGCCGGUGGCCUUAUCGCGGUGGAAACGUGUAUGGUGCCACCAAGGCCUUCGUCAAGCAAUUCUCCGAAAACCUCCGGUGCGACCUACAAGGUACCGGCAUCCGCGUCUGCAACGUAGAACCCGGCAUCGUCGAUACCGAAUUCUCCAUCGUACGCUACAAAGGCGACCUCGAUAAAGCCAAAGCCGUCUACGCCGAAAAACUCAGCUUGACAGCGGACAAUGUUGCACAGACUAUUGCGUGGGUUGCCAUGCUUCCUGCGCGUGUGUCGAUUCCCCGGUUUGAGAUCGUGCCGGUGACCCAGGCUACUCGCGGGUUUGUUUUUUAA